UCAAUGUAUUUCCGGUAAAAUGGAGAAACACGUGUGAGAAUGUUGACAAUGUUUUGCUUUUGAUAAACAAGACUUACUAGGCAUAUUGAAAUGGGGUCGAGAAAAAUUCAGCAAAAAUUAGUAAGUAAACAAAAGAAGGGGAAAGGGAAACGAUGGAAAAAAGGCCAGAGUAGCAGCAGUAAUCCGGACAUCAAAACAUAUCGAGAGGCAGCAAAGAACAGAUUCUUCCAAACAUCAAAAGGAGAAAGUAGUUUGACUAUUGAUGCCUUGGCUAAACAUGACGAGCAACAGAUAGAUAAAGACGGAGAUGUCAGCUUCAAGGCAGAGUCUGAUGUUGUCAGUGCAGCUGGAAAAACAUUUAAUACCUGGGCAACGAACUGGACUGAGUGUACGAACACAACCUUUGGUCGUGUACAUAGGUACUGGGCAUCAAACUCAGCCUUCCACAAAGAGGUUCUAGCUGUCCUGGCUGCUGUUACAGAGGUUAUAAAAACCCAGGGAGGCUCCGAAUCGGAGACCGAAUAUUUUGCAGCUUUAAUGACGGCACUAGAGACCACAGACAGUGAAGAGUCUCUAGCAGCUGUUACGUAUCUGCUUAGCUUAGUAUUAAAAAGAGUUCCCGCCCCGGUACUGAAGAGUCGGUUCUCAGAGAUCGCCAAACAGUUCCUGGAUGUCCUUGUGAAGCACAGUGAGGGUCAAUCCACAGCGCUGCUUAAAUCUUUGUUGCUGUGCCUGGCUUUGUUGCUGAGAGUCCAAGAGCAAGCAACCUGGAGCAACUCCUCCACCCAGCGAGUAUAUCAGGGCCUUCUGGCAUUUACAGUCCACAAAAAACCAAAGGUCAGGAAGGCUGCCCAUCAAGGAGUGAACAUUAUUCUGAGAGGGAGCUCCUUUAUGACCCAGGGAGAGACGGCCCCACCCUACCACCCCGCUGGGUCAAUGACCGCCAAGUUCUGUAUCCAGGUUAUAGAGCAAUGUGGAGGUUCUGGUGAGUCCUCAGACACACUUCACAUACUGACCUUGCUGAAGGACAUCAUGGGUACAUUUUCCCUCAACAGUGUCAAGGCCGUGUGUGAGACCAUCCUCAGGGUCAUGACCCUCAGCAAUGUGAUGGUGACGUCGUGUGGAAUGAAGGCUCUGUUUGGACUGUUCAGUGGGACUCCCAAACCAACCACUCUGAAUGCAGAACUGAAUGCACAGAUCAUUACAGCUCUGUAUGAUUAUCAACCAUCAGAUAAUGAUGUUCAGCCCAUGAAGGCAUGGCUAGCUGUGAUGGAGGCUGCUCACAAAAACCUUGCAAGACUGGAUGAGAAGUUGUGUCUGAGCCAUCUGCCACGAGUUUUCUCCAUCUGUAUGACCUGUCUGUUGUCAGAGAGAAUGGAGGUGGCUUGCAGUGCUACAAAAACCAUGAAGGAGUUGUUGAAGGCAUGCCUGGCCCCUGCUAUGGACGGUAUCAGUGUAUUAGUGACCUCAGCGCCAUCUGGUGCUAACACGCCUCUACAUAAAAUUAUCAAAGCCUUGGACACAGGACUGGGGUACCAGUUUCAUGCAGCAUGGGGACUAGUCUUACAGGUGUUUGCAGUAUUAUUUGAGGUUGCUGGAAAAGAGUGUCCUUUGCUUUUCAAAAAGAGUGUCCUGUCAAUCGCCAACCUGCGGGACAGUCCCAGAUUUCCUUAUAAAGCAGAGCUUGACCACGCUAUCGGAGCAGCCGUCAAAUAUCUGGGACCACGGCACGUCCUGGAAGCUGUGCCUCUCAACAUCACAGGAGACGAUGAUGACUACACCUUUCCUCGUAGCUGGUUGAUUCCAGUAAUCAGAGACAAUGUUGGAAACACAGAGUUAGGGUUCUUUACGACCUACUUUCUCCCUCUGGCUGCUAAACUCAAGAAGAGAUCUUUGGAGGCGGAGUCAACUGGUAACCAAGUGGUGUGCAAGUCUUACGACGCUCUACAGAGGCAAAUCUGGUCCUUACUACCAGGCUUCUGUAACCAACCCACAGACCUCACACAGUCAUUUAAAGGAAUCUGUAAGAUCCUUGGGUCGGCCAUCAGUGAGCGAGAAGACCUGAGGGUGGAGGUCAUGUCUGGUCUGAGGAAGCUCAUCAACAAGAGCAAGGAGGACGAGGAGUGCAAGAAAGAGGUGGCAAGGUUUGCCAAAAACUUCCUGCCGAUCUUGUUCAACCUUUUUACGACAGAACCAGAGAACACCAAGUACACGACCCGAUUGGCUGUCCUAGAAACCACAAAGUGCUACCUAAACAUAGCGGACACUGCGCUUGUGAACACAUACUGUGAUAAAUGUAAAGAAAAAUUCCAUGAAGAAGGCAUUUCAUCAUUUAAAAGGCAAGCUUUGCUGGAUCUUCUUCUUGUGAUGUUACCUCUUGUAGAGGAAAUGCGGGUGAAGGAAAUUUUCCAACUUGUGACACAGUUUCUUUCAGACACAGACAAGACUUUACAGAAGAAGUGUUACCGAGUGUUAGAGGACCUGUGUGGGAGCCCCUCCCCCGCCUGUCAGGGGUUCCUUACCCAGAACCUACCCGGUAUCCAGGGGGUGCUGCUUCAGUCCCUCUCUAGUUCCAGUCCCUCAUCAAAAGCGCCUCGUCUGCGCUGUUUAAUCAACAUAUUCAAGUUAUUGCCAGAGGAGCAGAAGGACUUCUUGUUAGCUGUUGUACCAGAGGCAAUUCUGUGCACCAAAGAGAUAGGAGAGAAGGCUCGCUCUGCUUCAUACCUACUGUUGGUGGAGAUGGGCCGUGCCAAGAUACGAUGGAAUAAAGAUGAACACGGUGCCCUGGAGGACUACUUCCAGAUGGUGAUGGCAGGACUUGGGGGUUCCCCUCAGAUGGUCAGCUCCACCCUGCUGGCUCUCACCCGCAUUCUCUACGAGUUCAAAGCCUCCAUCAGUUCCUCGUUACUGGAGACAAUCGUGGAGAACUUGUGUAUAUUACUGACAUCCAAGACGAGAGAAGUGGUCAAAGCAGCUCUGGGCUUCAUGAAGGUCCUUCUCUCCGCCUACCCAGACACUGUUCUGGCACCACACUUAAAACAAAUUAUGUCUAGUCUUGUAUCACAGAAAGAGGAUUGCAAACACCACUUCAGGUUUAAAGCCAAGGAAAUUUAUGCCAAACUUAUCAAGAAAUUUGGGUAUGAGACAAUAUUUGGCCUCUCACCACCAAGUAUUCACAAGGUGUUGGUAAACAUAAAGAAGACCCAGGAGAGAGCGAAGAAGAAGAAGAAGGAAAAAGAGGAGGAGUCGGAAGAAGAGAGUGAUCAGGAGCACUUCAAGUCCCAGCCAGAGAGCAUGGAUGAGCUUCUGAGGGACACUGACUCUGAGGAAGAAGGAGAGAUGAAGGGGGCACGCAAACCAAGGGACAGAACUCAGGCUAAACUGGCCUGGCUACAAGAAGGAGGGGACAUCAUGGACUUCCUGGACCCCAGUGCAUCCAAGAAAGUUCUCGCCACAAAGCCAGGAGAAAAGAGAGAACAAAAGACAAAGAAGAAGGAGGCGGAGUUUAAGACAGCUCCUGAUGGACGCCUGAUCAUUACUGAGUCGAGUGAUGAGGAAGAACCUGAGAAAAUGGCAGGUGAUGAUGAGGAGUUAGAUGACUUAUUGAAUGCCAUUGAGCAAGGUGCAGGGAAUGUUAAGAAAACCAAGAAGAGGAAGGUGGAGGAUUUGGGAUCUGAUGAAGAAGGGCCGGCACCCAAAUAUAAAGCUGGAGGUGGAGGCAUACACAGACCAAUUGUGAAGGCCAAGCGGUCGGCUCCUCAUGACCCUGCCAGUGAGUACAGAGCCAAGAAAGCCGGAGGGGACAUCAAAAAGACGGGCAAGCCGGACCCCUAUGUCUACCUCCCACUCAACUUCCAAGCUCUCAACAAGAGGAAAAAGGCAAAGAUGACUGGUCGAUUUACAAAUCUAGUGAAAGGAGCAAAAAAGGGGGCCAAGAAGGGAGCUAAGAAGAAGAAGAUGUGAUUAGUAUUUGGACAUUCACACGCUGUGUUACUGCCGGAUUGUUUUCUGUUGGUUCCGUUUUCAUUGACUAUCUAAGCGAGAUGUUGUUCAGCAUGUCUUAUUGCAUUAGUAAUUUUAGUGCGGACUUCACAUUCUGAACAAUCAAGGUUGUUAGGAAAAAAGUUGUUCAUUAUACCAUUUGAAAAAAUGGUUAUCUGAUAUGGAAAGAAAAAAAUAUUGAAUUGUAUUAAAGUUAUGAUAUUUCAA